GUAAAAACUUCGACCUUUAAAAUUAGUUUCGGAAUCUCUGUUAAUAGAUAUUAAUUGAAAACAUCAAAUGUUUCCAGAAAAAGAAAUAUUUUCACAUAACUCAUGUAAAAUAGUCUAGAAUCAUAGCUGUGUUGAUACCAUCAUGUUAUGAUGAAAUCUGAUAAAAGCAGAAGCACAUGUUAGAGAAAUAUUAUAACUGCAAUGUAGGUCUGUUCGGUUUUUUUCUCCAUUUGUUGAUGUUAUUACUUGCUCAAGAAAUCGUUGAGAAAUGAGCGAAUUUACUGAUUCAUCUACUCUACGAUGGUUUUUAGAAGUCUGAUUUUAAUAAGUGAUUUUUAUUCGUUUGUGUAUAUUUAAUUUAGGACAAUCAUUUUUGUAAUAUACGUGAAUAGAGUUGCAUUAUAUUGAAUGAAACGAGAUCUAGUUUAUUAACUAUCGGUUUUUGUAAUCGUUUGAUUUGUACAAUAUGCCUGCAUUCCAACAAAGGACUGUUAUUAUUGGUUAUAAAUUAAGGAUAAAAAAUAAAUUUAAAAGUGUCGUAGAAGAGACUGAAAAUGUUGUUGGUCUGUUGCGGUCGUGCGUUUCAUCUUUUACAGAUAGAGUGAAUAAGCUUUUGGACAAUAAUGAUGAAAACUUUCUUAAAUUAUAUCAGAAGUUAAAUGAUGAAUUUGAAAAGUACCAGGAAAAAUUAUUCUUCAUUCAUGCUUCUUUAGAAAAUCCUGAUGCAGAAAGCAUCAAUGAGGUCUCUGAGGAAGAAACAAAUCAACAAAUAGCUUCAAAAAAUGAUCAAGUUUCUCAAACAUCACGUACACAAAGUAUUUCAGGACAAACACAUGCCAAUUUUAUUGCACCUUCACAAACUUCCUCUUUGUCAUCUUCAUCUUUCUGUUCUCUCCAAGAUGUUUGUGAUUCUGUUCCUGUGUCUCUGAAAGAAAAGAAUGGUGCUGCUAACGUUCAUUGUGAUCCAUCUAUUCAAUCUCACAAAAAUUUACAAAAUGUUGAAACUGACAUUUUACAAUCAUCUGAGCUUCAACAAGAAUCUUCACAUUCUUUGUCUAGAAAUUCAUUUUAUUCUUUUUCAUCAAAUAUAAGUGCCAUUAAACCACAAAGUGCAUCUUCAAGCAUAACAGAUUCUUUGAAUUGUGACAUUGCUGAGAAUGAUAAACAGUCAGUUGCACAAAGUAUAACUCAUCCAAGUACUCCUGUUUCAUCCAGACCAACUUCUUUAAUACUGCCAUCAGCCAUUUCAAUACCAUCUGUUAUAUCUGCUACUUUGACUCAUGUGAUAAACCCUGAUGAUUUCUGGAUGCAACUUGAAAAUUCAAAAGGAUAUGUUCUCACUUUUCCUUCAUCCCUAGUGGCCGACUCAGAUCCACCAUCUUUUAUACAGCCUGGUGAUUACUGCCUUGCACCCUUCAAGUCAAUACCUGUGUAUUAUAGAGCUAAGAUUAUGACUGAAAUUUCAGAGGAUCACACUGUUGAAGUAUUUUUUAUUGAUCAUGGUUCAACUCAUGGUGUUACUGUUUGGGAUUUAAGACCUUUACCAGCAGACUUGUAUAAAGUUCCUAUGCAAGCUGUACAUUGUUGCCUGUCUGAUAUUAUACCUAUUAAUGGAGCUUGGACAAGAUCGUCUGUUGACAAGCUUAAAGAGUUUCAAAAUAAUACACUCGAGACACAUGUGAAAAGUUUAAAAAGUUCUGAUACAGGUUACAAAUAUGCAGUUCAGUUAAUUGCAACAAUAUCUGCACUCUUUAGUGAAGAUUUCUCAUGUGAUAUCGCUCAAGCUCUUUGUAUUGAUGGCUUGGCUAUAUUUGAUGAGGUAAGCCUUUCUGUUCAAGAAUCUGCAAGCGAAAUGUGUAAUCAAAGAAGUUGUGACUCGGGAGUAAGUGUAACUUCUAAUCAAAGAGCAAGUCCAUGUACACCUGUGGUUUAUAACAGUUCUGAUGUGCUAGAGAAUUGUAGCAUUUCAUCAUUUGUUCCUGCAAAUACUUUACAAAAGGAGGCCUAUGUAAAAUCUGAGCACCUUAUAGCAACUGAUGCAUGUGCAAUCAGUGAAACUCAAGAUCUGAUAUCAUUUGACAGUGAAGAUGCCAUGAAUUGCCCAUCUGCUAGAAACACUAAUAAGAAUGCAUUAAUUGGGGAAUGUUUAAGAACUGUUGACUGUGAUUGUGAAUGGCAUGUGGAAGUUCCCCCUCCAUCAAUUAUGUUUGUGGAAAAGGACAUGAUGUUAGUCAUGGUAUGUCACAUUAUCAAUCCCAAUGAAUUUUAUGUUAAUUUGGCCAUGCCUGAUAGCAUCAGUUUAGAUGAUCUUCGAGACCAAAUGACAUCUACAUAUGAGUCAACAAAUCUGAAUUUCCGUUCAUUGUUUUUGGGAGAUCUCAAAGAAGGAAUGUACUUAGCUGCACGUUUUGAACAGGAUGGACAUUGGUAUCGGGUUAAAAUAUUGAGAAUUAAUGCAGAGGUUCUAACUUUAUUGAAUUUUUAUCCCAAGUCUGAGCGAACCUGUGAUGCUUAUGUGCAAUACAUCGACUAUGGAAAUAAAGCGUUUGUCAAGUGCGGCGAUUUGCGACCUUUGCUCCCACAAUUUGCGGAAGCCCCAUCCUUUGCAAUUAAGUGUUCAUUAGCAGGCGUCACACCCAAGGAUAAAAUCAACUGUACUGGGGAAAAUCAAUCAGAAUCUCAAGGCUGGAGUUGUGAGGCAAUACAGAAAUUUAAAGAAUUAGUAAGUUUUGAGCGUUGUCUGACUGCCCAAAUAUGUGAACUUCGGAAUUCAAGAAGUGCUCCUGGUUCAGCUUAUGCAUCAUAUGAAAAUAAGCCUCUUCAAGUACUUUUAUGGGAUACUGAAGGAGCAGAGGAUGUUCUAAUAAAUGAAAUUUUUUCUGAGAGUGAUCAAGCUAGAUUUCACAAUAACAUUUUAAAAAUAAUUGAAGAAAAUGCAAAACUCGAUGCAAAAGAAGCUGAGAUUCUCAAUCAUUGGGAUCCUAUGCGUGAAGAAUUUGAGGGAGUUGAAAAUAGCUAUGGUGUUUGCAUGGAUGAUCCUUCAGUAGCUAUUGCUGGCUAUAAACCUAGAGAUGAAAGCUAUAUCUGCAGGUAUUUUUCUCUACGGGGAUAUUGUCCUCGUGGUGAUAGUUGUUCAUUGGAACACAUUCCUUUGGCUGAAGGUGGUGUUACUAGAGAUCAAGAAGAAGUCUAUGCUCUAGAUCCAAUCCCAGCACUUCCAAAGUCUUCUACUUAUGUUAUGGUUCAAGUUUCAGCUGUGAUAAAUCCAGGAUUGUUCUAUUGUAUUUUGCCAUUUGGAGAUAAAACUGUGGAUGAAGUGGAUGCUCUUGCCAAUAGAGGUCGCAUUAAAGAAGUAUGGAUGAAGGAUGAAAUCAAAGCUCUUUUUAAAGACAUGAGGGAAUAUUAUUCAAAUGCUCCAUUCACUGAAAAUACGACAGUCGCUUUAUCAUUUGGAACCAUUGUUGUUGCAUGGCGCCGAGUAGAUUGUUCUUGGCAUAGAGCUCGAGUGCUUGAUGUUUCAGAUGUUACUGGACCAGCAAGGGUUUUCUUUGUGGAUUUUGGAGACGAAGAUUGGGUUCCUCGGAAAAAAAUUCGACAGAUACUUCCUCAGUUUUUCUACACUCCGUUUCAAGCUGUUGAAUGCCACCUGUCUGAUGUAGAGCCACUUGGUUUUGAGAGUGGAAAAAGGUGGACUCCUGAAGCUAUAUAUCAUUUUCAGCAGUUGGUGUCUUAUGAAGUGCUGUUAGCACAUGUGAUAUACAGGAGUGAAAAUAUACUUCAUGUAACACUUACAAAGACAAAGGAAAAUGAUCAUUGUUCUAUUAGUGAGAGUCUUGUAAAUGAAGGAUUUGCACAAUAUGUGGCUUUUUCUGCUUCUCCUAAAAAAGAAAGCUUGUAUGUGCCUGGUUAGUUCAUAUAUAACAAGUCAAAGUAUGGGACUUUAAUUAUUUUGUGAUGUGUGUAAUUUUGUGAAGUCAUAAAAAAAACUUAAUAAAGAUUUAUAUUUUUGUUUCUAGUA